GUCGUAUAGAGCCUUUUAUGUUCAUCUUUUAACUUGAGCUUUCUGCAGGAGCAAGAAAAAUUAGGUUGAGAAUAUUGAUAUUUGACAACCUAUUUAUGCGAUCCUUCAGAAUGCUUGUUUAUUAAAAAAGAAUUAAAAUGUGGUCAAAAAGACGACUGUUUACACUUGUCUUAAUAACCAGGAACAAAAAUAGUCUCCGCUGAGUGCUUUUCGGCAAGAGGCAAGGUGCAAGUAAACAGGAUAAAAUUUUUUGUGUUUUUUUCAAGUUUUUAAAAUGUUAGAGAAGCGCAUUUGUGCCUUUACCGAUUGUCAGAAUGAAGCCCAUUUACAGUGCCCUACUUGUAUCAAACUGAAUAAGACAGAAGGUUCAUUCUUUUGUUCUCAAGAUUGUUUCAAAAAGAGUUGGGGAACUCAUAAAGCAAACCAUGGCAACCACAGAGAACCAUACGAUCCUUUCAAGACAUUCAAAUACGCUGGGCCUCUUCGAGCAGUGUACCCUCUUUCACCUAGACGCCAAGUACCUCCAGAAAUUCAAAGACCUGAUUACGCUGAUACAGGAAUUCCUAAAUCAGAAUUCAUGGCCAAACGUUCUGAAAUCAGAGUUUUAAAUGCCGAUGAAAUCGAAGGUAUCAGGAAGGCUUGCCAGAUUACCCGCGAAGUACUAGAGGUUGCAGCCAAGGCGGUACGCGUUGGUAUUACAACUGACGAAAUAGACAGAAUUGUUCAUGAAGCCACAAUUGAACGUGGUGCGUAUCCCUCGCCUUUGAAUUACAAUUACUUUCCUAAAUCAUGCUGCACGUCAUUAAACGAAGUUAUUUGCCAUGGUAUCCCCGAUCAACGACCCUUAGCAAACGGUGAUAUAAUUAAUAUUGAUGUGAGCUGUUACUAUAAUGGCUUCCACGGAGACGCUAAUGCAACCUAUCUUGUCGGUGAUGUUGAUGAGGUUGGACAAAAGCUCGUUAAAGUAACCCGUGAAUGCUUAGAUUUGGCGAUUGCUGCUGUCAAACCCGGAAUCAGAUACCGUGAUUUUGGCAAAAUCAUUGAAGACCACGCAACCAAACAUGGCUUCUCAGUCGUUCGUGCCUUUUGUGGACACGGUAUCAACCAACUCUUCCACUGUGCUCCGGACGUACCUCAUUAUGCCAAUAAUAAAGCAAUUGGCGUUGUCAAACCAGGUCAUAUCUUUACCAUAGAACCAAUGAUAUGCGAAGGCGUGCAUCAAGAAUUGAUGUGGCCUGACGGAUGGACGGCAACUACAAAAGACGGAAAACGCUCAGCACAGUUUGAGCACACGCUACUGGUUACUGAAACUGGUGUAGAAAUUUUAACUUGAGUACAGUAAAAAGUAAAGUAAAAAUAAAAUUGGCGCGGAGUCCAGUGUGAAUGCCAAGAACCCUAUUCUGUGUGAGUGCAAACUUUCGGCAUGUUUUUCCAGCCUUUUGUAAUUCUUCAAUGGCCGAAUUAUAAGCUUUAGUGGUGGUACCUAGGAUGCUGUGUUCAUUACCCGUCUUUUCUAGUAGAUUUCUUUUAAUAUUUGCUAAUUAGGUUAAGAAAGGAGUUGUGCAUUGUCUUGGAAGAUUUGGAGCAUUUUUUAAUGAUGAAACAACAGUCAGGGUAAGCCCCUUUGGCAUUGAAAAAGAACCUUUUUAUGCAGAUACAGUGAUUUGCGUUUGAAAA